AUGUCCGACUCUGAUGCUGAGAUUCUUGACUUGAUCGACCAGGGGUCUUAUGCAUACGCCCAGACACUUUUGGCAAAAAAAAUCAAGAAGUUUCCUCAAAGAAGUUACUAUUAUGCCUUGAACAACCAGCUUCUACACAAGUUAGGCAAGACCAAACAGGCUCUCGAAGCCAACUUGAAGUUGAUGGAAAAGAUCCCAAAUGAACCGCAGACUGUAGCAUUAUUGAGCGACUACUUCUCCGAACUCGGCUACGAGAAGGAAGCAAAUUUGGUCUACGAAAAUGUCAUCAAAAGGUACCCUACCAACACUUCAUUGAUCAAGGAAUGGUUUGAGAGGUCUAUAGACAAAUUCAAUUUGCGUUUGUUCAACAAGAUCUUCGUCAACUUGUCUAAAAGCGACAAGUCCUCGAGGCUCUACAAGUUCUGGAACUCGUUCAGCUACUUUUUGUUACUUUCGAAUAAAGAGAGAGCCGAUCUCAGUGAUAAGGAGUCCGAUUUGUUCAAGACUUUGGGACUCCGUUUGAUCGAAGACUUGAAGCCGUUUGAAAACACACAAGAGUUGUUCGUGUAUUUCAACUUCUUGAAGUUGAACAAAGACUACGAGACAAUUAUAAGUUCUAUCGAAAAAGACGUUACAUUCAAUCUCGAUUUGGAUCUUAAGAUUAUGUAUCUUGAAGUCUUGCAGAAAUCGGAAAACUUUCAAAAACUCUAUGAUUACUCGAAGAAGUUGAUCUUUGAAGAAGACUUCAAUGACUUCAAUACCUGGCUAUUGCUCUUGAAGGCAUCAAAGAAGUUGAACUAUUCUUUCAGUGAGACUUUCACACUCAUCCAAUCGCAGCCAUCCACCAGGAACUCACUUUUGGCUGCUGUAGAAUUGGCCAUUCUCUACGAACAAGCUUCGUUUGCUUCUAUUGAAAGUUACUAUAUCAAAUUCAACCGUAAAUUGACCUGUUUCUACGACUUGAAGAAUUACUUCGAUACAAUAGAUAGAAAGAAAUUCGCUGAGCUCGUCCAGAUAUCUACUGAUGAAAUCUUAGCUAAUAAUCCUUCAACUACAAACGACCUAGUAUCAUUGAUAAACAACCAGAAAUUCUACUUCAUGCUCAACAAGGACUCUAUUGACAUUGAAUCGUACAUCUCCACCAACUGGAAGAUCUUCAAUCUCUUCAAAGACAAUACAAACAUUAGAGGUGGAGAGUUCGACAACAAUCCUGCCAACGAAUUGGCAAUCAUUUCGAUAAUUAUAGAUUUAUCUACUGACAGCUCAAUCAAGAAUAUUAUCAAGAAUAUCACGAUCAUAUCACAACUUUUGAAAAAUGACCAGUACAACCAUAAGUUGAAGUUAUGGCUUAUGAAAUUGUACUCACAAUUGAACACAACCAAUUUGAUCAUGUACAACUACCAAAAGUUGAGUAUCAAGAUGAUCCAACACGAUACAUUGAGUCAUUACUUGUACACUGUUAAUCCUUCAAAGCAACAUCUCACCAACAUCGUCAAUAUCUUCCGUUUUUACUUGACAUCUAGCGACGAAGUGAAAUCCAGCGUAUUCCAAGGUUUUGAAAAAGGAGUAUUCAAUAAACUUUUCUCCUUCAUAAACUUUGGAAGGAGACUUAAUAAUUCGAUUUCAAAACAGGCUAUAGUAUUAAUGGUCCUUAAGUUCUCAAUGGUUCUUGGAGAUCAAGGCUACAUCACCUAUUUUGUUAAUCAUCUCAAGAACAAUUCAGCGAAGAUUUUGAGUACUGAUGAAUUCGAAGAUAACAGAGAUUUCAAGAGCGAAUGGAAGUUCGGAUUGGCUGACGAAGGAAAAUUCUUCAACACGGAUUUGUUGAGCUUGCCCUUGAGCAAGAACCAAGUUAAUGACAACCUGGUUCGUCUUGAAGCAUUAAAGUACUUAAUCAUCUACGAAGAUAAGGAAGAAAUUAUUAACAAGUAUUUGAAGCAGUACAACAAGAUUAUUUCUAACUAUAAAGCAACCUUGCCCUUUGACACGUUGGUGGAUAAGCUCAAUGUCAAUGUGUUGAGAUUUUUCAAGCAGAAGUUGAAUACAAAAGAACAACAAUCGAUCUUGAACUUCUUGUUGAAGAACUUGAAGAUCGACAAGCUCAGGUCAACUUUGAUUCCAUCCUCGUUUUUGUCGUGGGAGUUGAACCACAACCUUAUUAACUUGGUCGAGUUUAUUAGAAUCACGAACUACUUGGUCAAAAGAUAUAGUCUAUCCAAUCCACUUGGCCAAGAGUUAAAGACGUGUUUGGAUCAAUUGGCUCGUGACUUGAAGAAGAUCAAUAUUGUUGACUCUGAGCUCAAGCAGCUUGAAGAAAUCAAAUCUACGAUGGAUGUAAGAGACUUCCCCAUUGACAUUAGCACCAGUGAGAUCGAUGACAGCUUCGGACUAUUGCAUGAAUCCAUCAGCGAAUCCACUGGCUCCUUCUACAGAAACUUGUAA